GCUAGAUUGUCGAGUGAUCGUGUUGGUUUCAAGAAAUAUCGUGGUGGUAACGGAAUUCAUUCCUCUAUAAUGUUAAAACGAGGUAAUGAUUCUUCCGAUGAUAGUAAUGAGGGUACCUUCACUGACGCGGUCCACCCGCGGUUCUUACAGAAACCCCCUAAAGUUCUUCGCGGGUUGAAGAUUGCCCUGGUCCAAUUGGCAGUUGGUCCCGACAAGAGCAAGAACAUUGCGCGGGCAGUUGAGGAGAUCCACCGAGCUAAGCAGGCUGGAGCACAGCUGGUGGCUCUGCCAGAGUGCUUUAACUCUCCUUAUGGCACCAAGUUCUUCGAUCAAUACGCGGAAGAAGUCCCCGUGGGGGAGACGUCUCGCGCGCUCUCCAAGGCGGCAGCGGAGGCCGGCGUGUGCGUAGUGGGAGGCACCGUGCCCGAGCGCUGCGGGGAACAGCUGUACAACACGUGCACCGUGUGGGACGCGCGCGGGAAACUGCUGGCGCAGCACAGGAAGAUGCACCUCUUCGACAUCGACAUUCCAAAUAAGAUAACGUUUAAAGAAUCCGAAGUGCUGUCAGCCGGCGACCAAUUGACCACGUUCGAGGUGCACGGGGUGAAGAUCGGACUGGGCAUCUGCUACGACCUGCGGUUCCAGGAGAUGGCACACCUUAUGGCCAACAAAGGCUGCUCCCUCCUGAUCUACCCGGGCGCCUUCAACAUGACCACGGGCCCCAAGCACUGGGAGCUGCUCGCCCGAGCGAGAGCCACCGACCAGCAACUUUGGGUGGCGCUAGUGAGCCCGGCGCGUGACGAGUCAGCGGGCUACGUAGCCUGGGGACACUCCACGCUGGUGGACCCCUGGGGCGCCGUCGUCGCGAAACUGGAUGAAAAGGAAGGCAUUCUCACGGGCAAUAUAGAUUUGGAUACGGUAGAAGAAGUCAGGAGUCAAAUACCAAUAAGAAGUCAAAGGCGAACGGAUAUCUACGACACCAUCGCAAAAUAAGUGAAAUACAUUAAAAUCUAGACAAUAUAC